CCUCUAUUUUGGACCCUCAGAGGGGCGGCGUGACUCUCAGAGGGUUGACCUCCGUCUCUCUGCUCCUUUCUAUUCAUCCAAAACUUCUGCCUGUCUUCGGGAUUCCAUUAAAUUUCUGAACCCUUGACUUAAUUUCUUGGAUAUAAGCCGCAAGAGUCAAGAGAUACACACCACAACGGGGAGUAAAGCAACAUUAUUUUAAGGGAUCUUUCAUUUUCUCCUGCUGGGGUGCCUUUUCAGUGUAUUAUUAGACCUGCUGUGAUCCAGCUCAGCACAACUGUUGCGGGCUUAUUGCUGCCGGAUUUGAACAUUGCCUUUCUUUCAAUCAAGUGAGACAGAAAGUGAUUUUAGGAAGGAGUUACAUGCUGGUUUCCCUGGUAACGCAGCCUUUCCCAGGAUUUCUGAGGACCAAAAGUUGUCUGCGAACAUUCGUCAAACUCAAAAAUUUGUCUUCAGCUCCUUUCAACAAUGAGCGGUCAGACCAGAGGUGGAGAGGCUGGCCCGCCGUCCCGGUCCAAUCAGAGGGCGUUUUUGGAUGACAUCAUUUUAACCUUCAGUUCGCCCAUGGCCUGGCUGCUGGUUGUGGCCCUGGUCCUCACAUGGUCAGGUGUGGCCAUCGUACUGUUUGAUCUGCUUGAUUAUAAGACCCUAACAGACUACACAUCAUACUGUGACGACCCCGUGUGUUUAUCACCUGACAAUGUCAGAGACAGAAGACCAGGGCUCCCUCCUCCUUCUGCCAUCGCAAAGAGAGGCUUGAAGGCUCGAGCUGCUCUUCGUUCACUAAAGCCGGCUGGAGUUCACAGUGACAUCACGCCUCAGGAGAGCGAGGACUGGCUGGAGAUGAUUUGGUCCUUCGCAGCAAGUUUGGUAGCUCCUGAUGAGGAAGAGGAAGGUAUUCAUCAGCUUACUGAAACCUUCACAUCUUUCGGUUCAGAAGAACUCUGAGGGAGAGGAGGUGGGAAAGCACUGGGCAACGAUAAGCAUCCAAAAAGGGAGAUGUGAGGAACUGGAAGGAGGUGGAGGAGAAUCAUACACAUCAUAGCAUCAGAAAUUGUAUUCUCUGACUAUCCUUAGCUGUCAUCUGAUCAUUAAAAGAAUAUUACUUUAAAA